UCGCCCCGCCCACCACGCCUCACAAACCAAUCAAAACCAUUAAGGAACUGUCUAUCAAACCAACGUUUGCACAUGAGCUAGCGUUUGAGUCAAGAAAACAGACAACAAUUUAGGGUCUUUGUUAUGGGGGGUGUGAAGCAAGAGCAGAGUGAUGCGCCUGCAUCUAAAGAUUCUCAACAUAUUGACGCACAGGAGGAGAGCAACCAAUCAUCUUCUCAGCCUGUUAAGAAGCGAGGCUGGCCAAAGGGGAAGAAGAGAAAGAAGGUGUUACCUAAUGGACCCAAGGCUCCGGUUACUGGAUACGUGCGCUUCCUGAAUGAGAGACGGGAACAUAUCCGGGCUCUGCACCCUGAUCUCCCCUUUCCCGAAAUCACUAAGAGGCUCGGCGCAGAAUGGAGCCGCCUGGCCCCUAACGAUAAACAACGUUAUCUAGACGAAGCAGAAAGGGACAAAAUGCAGUACGCUCGAGAACUCCGAGAGUAUCAGAAGAGUGAGGCGUACCAGAUCACGUGCGCUAAGGUCCAGGACAAGAAAAUCAAGAGAGAGGAGGUGACAUCUGUCAUAAUCAAUGCCAACAGUUCUGGAUCAGCAGGUUUUAAGACUUCAGACCUCUCCACCAGAUUUGAUGUUCCUAUUUUCACAGAAGAAUUUCUAGACCAGAACAAAUCACGAGAAGCGGAGCUGCGACGACUACGUAAAGCAAACGUGGAGUUCGAGGAGCAGAAUGCGGUUCUGCAGAAGCAUAUUGCCGACAUGUUCAGCGCUAAAGAACGACUGGAAGCAGAGCUGAGCCAAGAUGACCUCCGCACACAAUCGCUACAGCGCCACCUACUUACGAUUAAACAGACACUGGUCAGCAGCCUGGCCACUGUGCCCCUACCAGGCACAGGUGAGAUGCCAUCUAUCGGAACUCUGGACUCGUACCUGAGUCGCUUGAGUUGUGCUUUAGAGAGUAGACCGCACGAGCAUCGCACGUUAGUUCUCAAGCUACAGGAGCUUCUUUCUCACCUUGACAGUGAGAAACUUUGAAAGAGUCUACGGUUGUGCUGCGAUUUAUGAGUUCUCCAUCCGCUUGACCGAGGCCUUGGGAAGGGACUGUGACGUGGGGUUCGGUCGUGUUGCCUCGUAAGGUGCAAUGCAGUUUCAUUGAAAAUGUGUAGCUCAUAUAUGAGCUAAUUCUUGUAAUGCUGGCAUAUUCUAAAUGCAUUGGCAUUAAUCAUCUAAAACUUCUGUUAAUGCUGUUUUUAUCAUUACAGCUGCUCAAUGAAAUCCUAGAGUUCAUGUAGAGCCAUGGACAGCAUGGUUCUUAAAAGGCAUGCUAAAAUGGUUUCAAUAUAAUAUUCUCUUUACUAACCAAUUGUAAUGAAAUGUGAAAGUGUAGUAUUUUAUAUUGAAUGACCUAGAUUCUUUUUGCACAGUGUUGUGCAUUGCAAAAAAAAGGAAAAACACAUUGUAAGUAACAUUAUAUUUUUGAAUGUGUUCUUUAAAGAAAAUGUAUUUUGGCAGUUGAUGGAUAGAAAAAAAGGCUGAUCAAUUCUAGAAUUUAAAUAAUUUACACUGCUUAAGUGAUGUACUUGAAUGUUUUUUUUUUUUGGAUUUCAUGGAAUUAAAUUUUUAAUAUGAAAAGUUUUUUGGAAAAGAUGUUGAAAAAAUAAAAUCUUGC